AUGAAGGGACUCACUUUCAUCGUACAGCUUCUCAUUGUGAUUUGCUCCUGUUUGUCCGUUGAGGUAACACAGUUUGAAAAUCUGUUUAGCUUAUGGGAAGAUUUUUUUGUGGCAUAUCUCUUAGUUUUCUGCUGCUUUUGUGUUUUUGGUUGGAAUUUGGAAAGGCUAGGUUUUGGGAAUAUGUAUGUUCACAUAGCAACAUUUCUACUUUUCUGCAUGGCCCCUUUUUGGAUCUUUAACUUGGCUGCUGCCAACAUUGAUAAUGAAACAGUAAGAGGCAUUUUGGGCAUUACUGGUAUUGCACUUUGUGUUUUUGGGUUGCUCUAUGGAGGAUUUUGGCGUAUUCAAAUCAGAAAACGAUUCAACCUGCCACCAAAUAACAUGUGUUUUGGAAAAUCAAAUGUUGCUGAUUGUGUUCAGUGGCUCUUUUGCUGCUGGUGUUCUCUGGCACCAGAAGUCCGAACUGUAGAUUUUUACGAGACUGUUGAAGAUAGAAUUUGCAAUAAGAAUAGAUUUGACAGCCAUUCUACUCUUACCCCAUUACCUCGUGAAGGUAGUACUAAUAGGUCUGGUACUCAAUCCACGUCUGAUUUGAACACCUCAUUUUGGUUAAAUUAUGGCUUAUCCAAGAUUGAACCUUCAGUAUUGAUGAAUGAAACUAUGAUGCCACCUAACCCAGCUACAAUGAGAAUGGAAGUCGAGGAUCUUAGGGAAGUAUGAAGUUAGAUUGAACUGGAUUUGAUUCAUAUACUUGAUGACUGUAGUAAUGAGAAACCAACUUUGCAGCUCAUAUAUACUUUUGCUGUCUUUGAAAUGCAUGGUUUUUGCUGCUUGCAAAGGGAGAAUUCCAUCUCUGAAGUAAGUAUCUGGCUAGGUUCAUACAGCUGAAUUUAGUUGAUCUUUUAAAUUUUUAUUGUAAUUUCUUGAACUUUAGUUUCCUAGCUAGUAACAUAAAUUUUUCUUAUUCGUGCAGCUUCUUUUGUGAGAUUAGGUAAUUAUUACUCCUUUAGUAAGCAUUUUCUGUGUGACCAUUUUUUGCUGGUAGUUUGAUCGAUGCAUACAGGGGAACAUUGUAUGAUUACAGAAAAGGAAAUACUUCCUCUGCAUGCCUAUCUGUAAUUUUUCCAGGUACAAAUAUUUAGUCUUAUGACUUGUAGUAACUAACAGUGACACUAAAGGUUUCUCAUUACUGUCAAGCAUUAUGCUCUUUCUUACUCCAACAAUUUUCUUUGUUUGAUUAGCUCUAAAUUUGAGAAUGUUCAUGAAAAUGAGCAAUUAUCAGUCUUGGAUUUGCAUUUUCAUCUAUUAUUAUGGCAAUAAAACAGGGCACUUUUAGCUCUAAAAUUGAGAAUGUUCAUGAAAAUGAGCAAUUAUCAGUCUUGGAUUUGCCUGAACUAGCAUUGGAUUGUAUUCUUGAGAAGCUUUUGCCUGCCGGGUUGUGUAGUAUGGCUGCUGUUUGUAGCUCAUUGAGGGAGAGAUGCAUCAGUGAUCACCUUUGGGAUAGACACAUGAAGCAUAAAUGGGGGAGGGUUUUAGGUUCUGCAGCUUCCCGCGAAUGGCAAUGGUUUAUUGCCUCUAGACGAAAUUCGAGUGUUUCUGCUGGGAAAAAAUCACAAGGCUUUAUGAAAUAUAUUUGGUAUGCAUGGCCUUUGACAUGGUUUGCAUCAAAAUUUGAUAAGUCUAAUAAUAAGGAUUCUGCUUCUCCUCUGGUUGAUACUGUUAUGUCCUGGUUUUUGGCUCUUGAAAGUGGCAAAUUCUGGUUCCCUGCCCAAGUUUACAACCGUGAGAAUGGUCAUGUUGUUUUAUGUUGUCCUGCUAUGAUGCUGAGCUUAGCUAUGAUCCCCAAAUAGACACAUUCCAGGCAAGAUAUCCGCCCCAUGGGAGAAGGGCAGUGGCGAUAGGGAGUGGUAUUUAAUGGGAAAGGCUAAGGGCAGCACCAGUGGAUACUCCACCACAUGAUCUUCAUGCAUCUGAUUGCUUAAAUGAUCUACACCCUGGAGAUCACAUAGAGAUCCAGUGGAGACGGAAUAAAGAAUUCCCUUACGGUACGUUCCACAAUCUAAUUAAUUGGGUGUCAUUAUGGUAGUCGUGUGAUUAUUUGUUUAAUUUGUGCAGCUGGAUACUAGAUAGAGGUUGGUUUGACUUAUUUUUUUUACAUCUUUCUCUUGAUUGGCUGUAAUUAGGUUUUCAAGUCUAACAAUAAAAGUUUUGCAACUUGUUUAUUGUAGCUGGCCUGCUGAGACUUUCCUUGACGUGAGAAGGUAGUACUUGUAGUAGUAGCAAUAUGGAAUUCAUGAAAAAUUACACAACAAUACCCCUCCAGACAAACAUGAAGAUUUAGUAAAGCUUCGAUUUAUAUUAGUUUUUCUGUGAAAUUCUGAGUGAAUGGGAUUGUUAAGUUUAAUAUACGGAAACAUAAGAUUUAACUUAAUAAACUUAGAGAGUAACCUAUAAUUUUGGGAUGAUCUAAAUAAGAAAGGUGGCUUAUUAUUCAGAAACAGGUUGAGUAUAAAUAAUUUUCUAAGUGGAGUAACUGUGUAAUGACCUUCCAAAUUAUCCAAACGGUGUAAGAGUUAUUUUGUAUCUUUGGAUGGCCAAGAGGGGUGUUAUGAUUAGUGUUGCACUAAUGUGUAUUUUUAUGUGGCUGAAAUACUGGAACUAUGAAUUCUAUUGGUGGUCGAUUCUGUCAACAGGGGCAGAUGCUAAAGCCGCUUUUAAUUAACUACAUUGAACAAUGUUUAUGUAUAAUUCCAUAUUCGCAUGAGGCCAUGAGAUCCUCUGGUCCUUUCUUAAUGGAUACUGAAAACAGAACAUAUUUUAGGCCUAAUUGCUUAUUUUAAAAUCGUACUUAGGACUAAAUUGCUGAUGCACUUUUUUGUAAUGAAUACUUUCUCUGUCCCAUAUAAUUAAGCUUAGUUUUGGAUCUUUUGCAGUGUUCUGGCUGAUACUUGAAUCAUUCUUCUUAUUGUAUUUUAUGCAUAUUUAACAAAUCAUUGGUUGAAGAUGCCGGUUUUUUCUUGGACAUGCAAGUCCUCGCCUCUGUUCGAUUGAGUCCUACAAUGUUUUGCUUUAAUCGAACAGCUCUGGUGGAAGGAAAUCAGAGAAGUAGGCCACGGUGAUAAGAAGGACCAAGAUUGGUGGCCGAGCAUGACCACUCUAAAGGACCUAAUUUUUUCUUUGGACACCUCAAAAUUUUUUUUGGAUGAAAAUUGUAAUAUUUUAGCCUUUUUUAAUGAAAAAAUGUAACUUUAUAUAUAUGUUA